ACCGACGAGCGGCUCAAAAUAUUUAAAUAACCUAGACAACACUAGCCACCUAAAAAGCCCAGACGCAACCAUGUCCAGAAUCAUGCGUGUGCCAUCGAUUUUGGCCAAAAAUGCAGUCACCUCCAUGCAGCGCGUUGCUGCGAUUGCAGGGCAGCGCAGCUAUCACAUAACACACGGCCGGCAGCAGGCUUCGGCAGCCAAUCCGGAUAAGAUAUCGAAGCAGUACCCUGUGGUGGAUCAUGCCUACGAUGCAAUUGUGGUGGGAGCAGGCGGUGCAGGUCUGCGGGCCGCCUUUGGACUAGUGGCCGAAGGGUUCCGCACGGCGGUGAUCACCAAAUUGUUCCCCACCAGGUCGCACACGAUUGCCGCUCAGGGCGGCAUCAAUGCAGCGCUGGGCAAUAUGGAGGAGGACGACUGGAAGUGGCACAUGUACGACACAGUCAAGGGAUCCGACUGGCUGGGCGAUCAGGAUGCUAUACACUACAUGACCCGGGAGGCACCCAAGGCUGUCAUCGAGCUCGAGAACUACGGCAUGCCCUUCUCCCGCACACAAGACGGAAAGAUCUACCAGCGCGCCUUCGGUGGCCAGAGCUUGAAAUUCGGCAAGGGCGGACAGGCGCACAGAUGUUGUGCUGUGGCGGAUCGUACUGGACACUCCCUGCUGCACACCCUCUAUGGUCAGUCGCUGAGUUACGACUGCAACUACUUCGUGGAGUACUUUGCCCUGGAUCUGAUCUUCGAGGAUGGCGAGUGCAGGGGCGUGUUGGCGCUUAACCUAGAGGAUGGUACUCUGCAUCGUUUCCGUGCCCAGAACACCGUCAUUGCAACUGGCGGCUAUGGACGUGCCUUUUUCUCCUGCACAUCUGCCCACACCUGCACUGGCGACGGCACUGCCAUGGUCGCUCGACAGGGUCUCCCCUCCCAGGACUUGGAGUUCGUCCAGUUCCAUCCCACUGGAAUCUACGGAGCCGGCUGCCUCAUUACCGAGGGUUGCCGCGGCGAGGGUGGCUACCUGAUCAAUGCCAAGGGCGAGCGUUUCAUGGAGCGGUAUGCUCCUGUCGCCAAGGAUCUUGCCUCCCGGGACGUCGUGUCGCGUUCAAUGACCAUCGAAAUCAUGGAGGGUCGCGGUGUUGGCCCCGACAAGGAUCACGUGUAUCUGCAGCUGCACCACUUGCCACCUAAGCAGCUGGCCGAGCGACUGCCCGGCAUCUCAGAGACAGCCAUGAUUUUCGCCGGCGUUGAUGUGACCCGCGAGCCAAUCCCCGUAUUACCCACGGUGCACUACAACAUGGGUGGUGUGCCAACGAACUAUCGCGGUCAGGUUAUCACCGUUGAUAAGGACGGCAAGGAUAUCAUUGUCCCCGGCCUGUACGCAGCCGGUGAGGCAGCCUCCAGCUCCGUUCACGGUGCUAAUCGUCUGGGUGCCAACUCUCUGCUGGAUCUGGUUGUUUUCGGACGUGCCUGCGCCAAGACCAUUGCCGAGGAGAAUAAGCCCGGUGCACCCGCUCCCACUCUCAAGGAUAAUGCUGGAGAGGCCUCUGUGGCUAACCUGGACAAGCUGCGCUUUGCCAAUGGCCAGAUCACCACUGCCGAUCUGCGUCUAAAGAUGCAGAAGACCAUGCAGCAUCAUGCUGCUGUGUUCCGUGACGGGCCCAUCCUCAAGGAGGGUGUCAGCAAAAUGCAGGAGAUCUAUAAGCAAUUCAAGGAUGUCAAGGUUGUGGACAAGUCCCUGAUCUGGAACUCGGAUCUGGUCGAGACGCUGGAGCUGCAGAAUCUGUUGGCUAAUGCCCAAAUGACCAUUGUGGGAGCCGAGGCACGCAAGGAGUCACGUGGUGCUCAUGCCCGCGAAGACUUCAAGAUCAGACUGGACGAAUAUGAUUACAGCAAACCCGUCGAGGGACAGGAGAAGGUGCCCUUUGAGAAGCACUGGCGCAAGCAUACACUCUCCUGGGUGUGCAACGACAAUGGAGAUGUUCAGUUGGAUUACAGGCACGUAAUCGAUACCACGCUGGACAACGAGGUUUCAACGGUGCCGCCAGCGAUCCGCUCCUACUAAACUAAGUUAAUGAGAUGGAGGGAGGCUACCCGCGUUCACAUAAAGCACCACAGUAAAUACGCGCUACACCACACACACAAACACACGGAUGUCUACUUAAGGGGUCGCAAGCUGAGGAAAGUGAUUUACCGUCGAGUCGAGUCGUAAAUGAUGUGCUACGAUGUGCUAUCCAACGUCUUGCGAUGAAAUUUAAAGCCAGUGUUUUCCCAUUUGCAUCCGAUAUAGUAUAUUCUCUAUUUAUCCU